ACUUGCAUUUUUCCUCAACCAACUACUUUUACACAUAUUUUAUAAAAUCCCCGCUCGAAUAGUUUAAGCUAGUUAACUUUUUUUUAAUGAUUUCUAUUAAUAAAUAAAUUAAUAACAAAAUGAACAGAGUUGUGUCGUUUUUCGAAAAACAACAAGGCAUAUCUAACGAUUUUACUUAUGACUUCGCUCUCCGCCGUUUGUGCGUUGCCAAAGAGGACAGCUGGAGGGGUAUAACCCCAAGUACCUAUAGUUCAGACUAUAAUCCAGAGCCACCAUUGUUUUCGGCGAAAUUUGCCAAUUGUGAAAAUUAUAAACACAUCCUGGCAAUAGCCAAUGAAGACGGAAAGAUUGCGUUGCAGGAUACAACCAUCAGAAACACAGACUGCGAAGAGAAAGCCCUAAAUGCCCCUCAAUGCCAUUUCAAUGCGGUUUUCGAUCUGGAAUGGUCACCCGGAGAAAUGAAGUUUGUUUCGGCUUCAGGCGAUCACACAGCACGUCUUUGGGAAGUUGCGGGACCUGAUAUUCGAGAAUGUCGGUCGUUUAAUGGCCACACGCGUUCUGUCAAAACCGCUGCAUUUCGCAAAAGAGACUCGUCAGUGUUUGCCACUGGCGGACGAGAUGGAGCUAUUUUGAUUUGGGACACGAGGGCAAAUUUGAAUUUAGACUUGACUCCGAGGGCGGAUAACUGCAUUUACAGCGGUCAUUCAGGCGGGCCUGGUACGCCUGUUUCACAAAAGAAAAAGACUAGGACGCCCAAGCUUGGACACAAUGCUACUUCGAGUAGUAUCACAGGUUUAGUUUUCCAGGACAGUAACACAUUGAUUUCAUGUGGAGCUGGAGACGGCGUCAUUAAGGUUUGGGAUCUACGACGGAACUAUACAUGUUACAAAAAAGAGCCUUUGCCGAAAUACAGCUUGCCAUAUGCAGGCUCCUCAACAUUUAAGGGCUUUACAAAUCUAAUUAUUGACGAAGCUGGCGCCAAACUCUAUGCCAAUUGCACCGACAACUCCAUCUACUGCUACAAUCUGUUUUCAUAUUCAACAAAGCCACUUCAAGUGUAUCAUGGCCUUCGGAAUAGUACGUUCUUCAUAAAGUCUUGCCUUAGCCCCGAUGGCAAGUAUUUGAUAAGUGGCAGUAGCGAUGAGAAAGCUUAUAUUUGGAAUCUUAAGCGAUCAGAGCCACUGGUGGCUCUUGCUGGACACACCGUAGAGGUGACGUGUGUAGCUUGGGGAGCGUAUGGUGAUAUGCCGAUUGUAACGUGCAGUGAUGAUGCUCGUCAUAAGAUUUGGCGAAUAGGACCCGAAGCAAUAGACCAAGCGAAUGAAACACUCUACCGUGGACAUGCUGAGCUUUGUCAAUCGGAUGAAAACCGAGUCGCCAAGUCCGGAAUGAACACACAACCCAAUUUAAAGGAGCUGGAAUGUACUCCAAGAUCGCUAAAACGGAUUGUGGAACAAAAUGAAAAGACGCCCAGUACCGAGGAGAAAGUACCAUCGAAGAGAUCCUUUGCGGAUAUGUUGGGCGAGAGUUCUUGCUACGAGAACGGAGGCAGUGAACAGAAGCGACAAAAGCUAAUCGAGUCUAGGGGAAGGAGAUUGUUCAGUCCCACAGGACCAUGCACAUCGAAACUUUGUGCUAUUUCAGAGGAAAUGCCCACUGCCCACGAACCAAUUAUCAGUUCCAUUGCCGAUAAUCCAGAAGACAGUAAUCAAGAAAACAAAUACAAUAGAAAUGCGAAUGACUCCUCAGCCGCCACCGCAAACGCUGUUCUCCCUUCCACGAGUGCCUUUGCUUUAGCCAAGUUAAAACUGCUCUCGCCACUGAGCGAGCGAAUUCUAUCGAAUGGCAAUGCAUCCACAUCGGGAGCGACUCCAUCGCCUCCGGCAUCCAAUUCAGCCUUUUCAUCUGUGAUCUUCUCCCCCACUUCAAACCUGCCCAACUAUGUUGUCGACGGUGAUGCCCCACAUCUGGGCAUAAUGUCACCCAAAAGAAAACUCAAAGACAAAGUCGAUUGGCUGACCAAAAUUCGAAAGCAAAAACUAAUGACUGGUCGCAGUACAAUACUGUCGGAUAAAAUUCAGGACGAAAGACAAGCGAAUAGGGACGAUAGCUCUGCAAGCAACCCUCCUAGCCAAUGUCUUUCGUCGCCUCGAUUACAGAGUCUUCGAGCUGUCGAAGGAAGUUCUAGGCUACAGAACUCGGUGUCUCGGAGACGAACCUCACACUCGGGCACAAACAAUGCCGACCAUUUAAUGUCCCCGUCAUCGUCGUCGUCACAUUCAAACUCCCAUCACCCGCAGCAUCAUACACAAAGAACGCCAACGUCUAGUCGACGGAAUAGUGAAACUUCAAUUCUAAGGUUUUUCUCAACCCAACAUCGUUCAAGUUCACAAGAUCAAAUGCAUCAGAUGCACCAUCUGCAGCAACACAAAGAAGAAGAAGAAGAAGACGAACAACAGAGGCCUUUGUCAGAGUUACAGUUACAGUCACAGUCACUGACACAGUCACAGUCACAAACAGCGACAACACUUCAGCAAACGACUGCAUCAUGCGCUGCUGACUAAAAUUGUUAUCGUUGUUGUUCGGUUUGGUUUAUUAUGUAUUAAAUUUAAUUAAUCAUUUAUUCGUUGUAAUAAAUAUCUAUUUUAUUAA